AUGUCUGUAGCCUUACUCUCCAGGUCGUCGCGCACCAUUUUGAUGCACGUAUCCCUCGCACAACUCUCACCAGAACUGACAACAAUUGACACCCUCGUCCAUGGCCUCUCACCAAGCGUCCUUCCUGCGGAACUGCUUCUGCUCGUCAGAGGCCAUCUCCUUCCCCUCGUGACGGCAGAGCUGAUAUCCAAGUCAGAACGAAUUCUGGCUACCCACGAAGCCACCCUACUAUCCCUCCUCUGUCGCGAUUGCGCAGCGUACAACCUCGACAUCUACGGACCCAGCGUGUUCAAAUGGCCCUGGGACCAAUUCUCAGGUCCUUGUGCUUGCCGUGGUGAUAGCGGCGAGUACGCGACAAGGAUUGACACAUUUAACAGAUGUGUCAAUUCACUGAGAUCUCCCACCUAUCUCGACCAUUGUUACCCCAAGCGGAAGGAGGACGGCGACAUUCUCAUCGAUGGGGAUAGUCUCCAAUUUGGCCCCAGAUAUUUGGACGCCAAUCAUGUCCUCGAGUUCCAUCUCUCGAGAGAGACUCGGCGACUAUCACGGCUGGCCUACAAGGAAGAGCUAUCCAUCCGCAGGCAACGUCAACGAACAUAUCUCACUUCACCUCGCCUUCCUACCAUCAACCCCGGGUUUGCCACAACUGUGAGUCCAAGGACACGCGGUUUCGUUAGGGCCAAAACCAUUUGGGAUGUCGUUUCCCUCGUCCUUCAUGAACAGUAUGGAUGCGAGGUCUUCGCUUUGCAGGAUGUUCCAUUGGCCUCAGGUAUCGAUGACGACUGGGGUGAGGGCGCCUGCCCAGCAGUUAGCCAGAGCGACUCGAUUCUGGAAAUACAUCGAUCGAAGUGUCCUCUCCUUUCCGUGGAUCAACUUUCCCAACAUCGCACUGAGCACCAUGUCCAUACCGCCGGCAUCGGCCAGUCACCAUCCUCCUCCGAUCUCCCGGAAUUGCACACACCUUCCAGUUUUUGGUCUCUAACAUCCCCUCUCAACAAAAAGGACCGUGUCUACAUAUCACCCUUGAAGCAAGACGAAGCCGUAAUUCACGCUCACGGGUUUCGAAAUACCUCGGCUCCUUCCUGUGACGGCACCAUUGGACCUUUCUCCGAGGACAACUUUAUCCUUACUCUAUCUUCAGCCCUCUCCAACCAUAUCGAUCCGUGGGUUUCCCGCGCAGUGCUUAUGCACACCAGAACGGACCUCGGACUUGAUCUCGACUAUUCUCUGUACUGUUCAACCCUGAAAGCAAGUACUCCGAAUACCAGUUCGAAUCUGAAAGAUGCCCCGUCCGCCGGUUCACUCGAAGAUGACAACUCCGGGGUUCAAGUCUGUGCAAUGGGAAGCGAAGCUGGAGUCACCGGUGUGGCGGUCGUGAGCGUGGGCAACAGUAGCAGCGGCUGCUCAACUCCUUCGACAUCUCGGUGUUCAGCCAAUCUCGCAACGGAAGCGACGACUUCGCCAUUCGCCGUCCCGACGUCAUCGAUCUCAGAAGGAUCGUCGUCUUCGACAUGGACGUGGACUUUGGCACGGUCUGCGAUGAGCAUGGUAGCUGGUGUGAUUCGGAACACCAGUAAUUGCUACUACCGCACCUCUUCUUCAACUUCGUCCCUCCACCAUCGACACAGGAUCAACCUGAAUUCUUAUUCCUACUCCUACUCUCACUACCACCACCACAACUACAACAGCGGAUGUUUCCACCCAACAUCGAGUUCCCUCUUCAGCUCCACGUCUGCGGAUCCCUCCCCGUCUUCCUCUCCAUUGACGCCGUCAACAUCGUCGUUCCCGACGUUCUCUUUGAACACCUUGACACCCUCCCGGCUAUUAAACUGCAUCCUUCGCCUCUUCUUAACCUCCACAUCUGUCCUCGGCUAUUCACUGUAUCUCACCGGCUUUUUGAUCACUCUUUGCACCAUCUCGAUCCCCUUGGCGGUGGCAAAGGUUGCAUUGACGGUCGUCUGUUUCUACUCGAGACCGUCUUCGUUCCGACUUUUAUGA